CACUAGGUGAGUUGCACUGCCACCAGUCAUCGGGACACCACUGUCCCUGUGAGCUGCCAGCACUGAGGAGCCUUGUGGACCCUGAUGCCACUUCCUCCUCCCCUGCAGUCCUCUGUGUGGCAGAGACUUUGGUGGCUUGGGGUGGGGGUGCAGGGAUAGCUGGCCAUGGCCCCGGCAGGGGGUAUUCCUCUGCCUGGCACGGGGGGGGCAUGGGGGCCACGGCACUUGAUGCAGUCUGCUCCCAAGGAGGAUGGGGUGCUGUACGUGGACUACAAGCCCCCCACCCUGGACAGCAUCCGCCUGCCCCACUAUGUCCUGUACCUGAUGAUGGCAGCAACACUGGUGCUGGUGGUGGCAUAUGCCAUCGUGGGGCACCUCAUCAAGGACCUGGUGCACGACUUCGCCGACUGGGCAUUUGGGCCCAAGCCGGAGGAGAAGGCGGGGAUGGCCGAAGGCACCAUGCCAGAACUAGAGUGGCUGGAGAAGGAUGAGGUGCUGGUGGAGCAGAAGGUGGACUAUGAAGGCACCGACACAGACAUCCCGCUGGUGCUGCUCGCUCCACGCUGUUCUGUCUCCUUUGCUGACUCCCCCAAGACGAGGUUCUUCUAAGGCCAGAGGACAC